GCAAGCAGCGCCAUAAAACAUCACCCCUCUCAGUUCCUCCCAACUCUCGGUCUCUCUUUCUCAGACCCCCGUGUGUGUAUGUGUGUUGUCUUCGUACAGGUCUAACCCAUCUCACCUAGCUAGGUACCGCACUCAAACUCAAUGUGGUCAUCAAUAGGAGUUGAAGAACAAACUUGCUUAAAUAACAAAACCCAGAGCCUCAACAGCGUGUCAUCAUCAUCAUCAUCAUCAUCAUCCUCAACCUCAAAAUCACCAUCAUUAUAUACGUCUUCAUCUUCAUCCCCUUCACCAUUCUCAUCCUCCUCUCUCUACAAAAGUACCCCAAGAAGCACCAAGACCAUGGAAGAGGUUUGGAAGGACAUUGAUCUUGCUUCUCUUCAAGAUCAAGAUACAAUCCGCCAACCUCACCCUAGCUCCAACUUUCGCGGUGUGAUUCUCCAAGACUUUCUUGCUCGACCUUUUAGCAAAGACCCACCUGCCAGCAUGGUCUCCUCCUCCACCAACACUAGAGAGACUGCUCUCUAUGCCGCUGCUGAAGGCUCACUGUUGCCACCUCCUGCCACAGUUUUGAGCUUGAAUUCGGGUUGUGAAUUUCAUUUUCUCGAUAACUCUGACCCAGUACUUAGGCCUAGCUCACAUUUACAAUCACACCCAAGUUCUAAUGUUUCUUCUUUCAGUAGCCAAUUUGAGGCCCUGGCUUCCUCUUCUGGCUUGCCAUCUUCUGCUAAGAAGAGGGUUCCAGAAUCUGAAAAUUGCUCCGGGGAUCGGCGACAUAAGCGUAUGAUCAAGAACAGAGAGUCCGCUGCUCGAUCGAGAGCUAGAAAGCAGGCCUACACAAACGAGUUGGAACUUGAAGUUGCUCACUUGAUGGAAGAGAAUGCAAGACUUAAGAAACAGCAAGAACAGUUGCGAUUGGCCGCAGCCGCUCAACUUCCCAAAAAGCACUCGCUCCACCGAACGUCAACAGCUCCAUUUUGAGAAUCAUCAAUGCCUUCCUUUUCACAAUUUCCCUCUUAUACCUCAGCACAGUCCCUUUUGAGUUAGAGAGAAAUAGAAAGAAAGGGUAUU